UGGGUCGGUUGGUCGCUACGGGUCAUUGACCGUGACCGUCAGUCGUCAAGAAGCAGCGAUGGCGUGUGGUUCGUCGUUCCCGUGUUGAUCUCGGACCCUGGUGUCGUGCUGGACGAAGUCGCUGGAGGAAAAACCUAUCGCCACAUUGCACGUCUUAUAUAAAAGAAAAUUAACUCUACAGCAUCUUAAAAUUUAAAAUGGAUGACCCCGAAAAAGAUUUUAAUGUCUAUGUUGGCACAGAAACAGGAAUAUUGAAAGGCAUAAAUCUAAAUAAAAAAGCUGUUAUCCACAAGAAUUUGCACAAUAUGAAGGCUUUGGAUCGUGAGCAAGAGAUCACAUCCAUGGCAUGGGGAGAUGAGGAACAAACAGAGGUUUUGAUGGGUCUACGAAAUCAGACUAUACGUAUAUUUGACACAGAUGCAAAGGCAUUUGUAUCUUCACGGAGAAUUAGCGUGGGUGAGGGCCCUAUUGUGUCUCUAGCAAGAGUUGAUGGCAUAACUAUUACUGCCGUGAGGUCAGGUCAAGUGACGCUGUGGCGUGAAGAGCCAGUGGAGAUCAAUGCACUAACUAGUGGAGAAUUCUUAACAUGUAUGAGACAGAAUCCAGCAUCACAAAAUAUGAUAGCUACUGGAGGGAAGGAGAAUGACCUUCAGGUGUGGGAUUUGGAGCACCCAGAAGAACCUAUAUUUAAAGCAAAAAAUGUGAAACCAGACAUGCUACAGCUACGAGUUCCUGUUUGGGUGUCUGGCAUCGCCUUUCUAGAGGAUCAGCACAGUGUGGCAGUUUCUUCUAGACAUAAGCAUGUGCGGCUGUAUGAUCCACAAAGACAAAGGAGGCCAACUCUUAGUUUUGAAUGGGAAGAGUCUCCACUUACUUGCAUCAAUUCAGUCCUCUCCAAUAACAGUCAAGUUGUGGUAGGAACUGCUCAUGGUCGAAUAGGCCUGUUUGACCUACGAGGGAAGAAACCUGAAGAUCCACUCUUUGUAUAUAAAGGAUUUUCUGGUGCUGUACGAGAUGCCAUGGUUCAUCCCAAGCAACCUCUCGUAUUUUCUGUCUCCAUAGAUCGUUUCUUAAGAGUUCACCACUUAACAUCACGAAAACUUUUAUUUAAGGAAUACCUGAAAUCUCGGCUAAACUGUCUGUUGGUGCGGGAAAAUUUAGAAGCCAGUGAUUUUAUUCCAAGCACCCAAAAGACAGUUAAACAGAGAAUGAACUUCACCAAGCCAGCAACAAAUAGCAAGAAAAAUCCAGCAGUAGAUUUAUGUAUUCCCGAUACUGAUUGGGAAUCAUUGACUAAGUGAGUUUUUUGUGAUAAUGGAGGAAUUUUAUUGUGUGAGUUGUAUUCAUUUUAUCAUUCAUUCAGUGAUGAAACUUUGUUAUAUUUAAACAUUAUUCCACAUGCCAUGUUAUAGAUAAUAAAUCAUAAAAUUUAUUAAUAAAUACUUGAAUUGAAAAUUUGUUUUAACAAUUUGCAUGGCCUAUCGUUUCCCAGGAGAGUGCACCCACACUAAAAUAUGUAUACUCUUUCCAGUGUUCUGACCUCAAUUUCCAUGUUACAUCGUUCAUUUUGGUAUCAAAUUGUUCACAAUCUAAAGGCGCACAUUGUAAAAUUAGUCCCAUAAUAAUUGAACAAUAAAUGGAAUUUUAACAAAUAUUUAAUUUUGGUCACAAAAUGCGUCUGCCGGACAUCCAUAGUUAUUUGUGGACGCAAUAUCUGUUGCCGCGAACUAAGUGUUAAUAUUACACACAGAAAUCGAACUGAAAUCGAAAGUGUUUAAAUUCUCUGUCCAUUACUAGUUUAUCUAUUCUCUUUGAAUGUAUUCAUCUAUAGGCAAAUCUCCUUUAAUGAACAUGCCUUUAAAAAACAUUCCGUGCAAUGAGGGUCAUGAAUUAAUAAAUAUUUUAACA